UAAAGCCAAUACUACUCCGUUGUCUCCAUUAUCUUCCUCUCUCCCACCAGAUCCCGAGAAGAACUUCAAUGACUCCUCAAAAACCAACCGGAGAAAUAGCAGAGCAGAACAAAAGUGGGAUUUUCAGCUUUCUGUAUCUCUUCGACGAGCAAUGGUUCUUCUGCAACGCUCUGAAAUUGCCGUCGGUGUUGAUUGAGAAGACGACUUCUUCUUCGGCUCGCCAAUUGGUAAGAACUCCGUCAGUGCUGCCGACCGGACAAGAAGGUUCGGCGCCGGCGAACUAUAGCUCCGGCAAUGGUCGAAAGCUGAGAUGCUCUUGCUGCUCCUUAGAAGCUACUGUUCCGCAGUCUGUAUUUUCUUAUUCUGCUCCGAAG